GCCUGCCGAUCGCCACCACCUGUAUCUCUCCCUACUGAUCGCAGGACUCACACUCCGUAUACCUCAAAGCAAGCUCUGCACCCAGCACCUAUGACAUACCCUCAAAAGCCUUGCUAAAGGCACUCACACUCUGGAGAGAUGAAUGAAAGCCUUAAUGACAACGAAACUAGUUUCCCACUUCCCUGGAUUCAGGCAAGCGAUGUCAACGCUUCUCUGGAGCUGUCUGCUUUCUUCUCCGUUUUCACUAUCAAUCCUUGGGAUAUUAUGUUAUGUAUUUCGGGGACCAUCAUUGCUUGUGAGAAUGCCAUUGUGGUGGCCAUCAUCUUCUACACACCCAACUUAAGAACCCCGAUGUUUGUGCUUAUUGGAAGCCUGGCCACUGCAGAUCUUCUAGCUGGUUUUGGCUUAAUCCUAAACUUUGUUUUUCAAUAUGUAAUUCGGUCAGAGACUAUAAGCCUUAUUACUGUGGGGUUUCUGGUGGCUUCAUUCACUGCUUCUGUGAGUAGCCUGCUGGCCAUCACUGUUGACCGUUACCUCUCCUUGUACAAUGCACUGACUUACUCCUCAGAGAAGACCAUACUCUGGAUACAUCUGAUGCUCAUUGUCACCUGGGGGGUGUCCAUAUGUUUGGGACUCCUUCCAGUACUGGGCUGGAACUGUCUAGAUGAUGAUGCAUCAUGCAGUAUUGUGAAGCCCUUGACCAAAAGUAAUGUGACUCUCUUAUCCACCUCUUUUUUUUUCAUUUUCAUUUUAAUGCUUCACCUCUACAUCAAAAUCUGCAAAAUAGUGUGCAGGCAUGCUCAUCAGAUAGCACUGCAGCAACAUUUUUUGACAGCCUCCCACUAUGUGGCCACCAAAAAAGGAGUGUCAACUUUGGCCAUUAUCCUUGGGACUUUUGGGGCCAGCUGGCUACCUUUUGCGAUUUACUGUGUAGUUGGGGACCAUGACUAUCCUUCGGUAUAUACUUAUGCCACACUCCUACCAGCCACUUACAACUCAAUGAUCAAUCCUAUAAUUUAUGCCUAUAGAAAUCAAGAGAUACAGAGGUCCAUGUGGGUUCUGUUCUGUGGCUGCUUUCAAUCCAAAGUGUCCUUUCGCUCCAGAUCACCGAGCGAUGUCUAAAAAAGAGACAAUCUUGCUUGAAUAUAGCACUGCACAAAGUGACAAUCUAGUGAAUUAACAGUGCCUGUUAUGGUCUUGCUCGAUCUAUGUUUUGUUGGAAGAGAGAACUUUGAAACAUUAGCACUUUAAACUCGUUUGUAUCUCUGGGAAUGUCUCAAACUCACACUUCUAUGAACAAUAUGGAUGUAUAAUGAAAGUGUACAACACGUUAGUGAAGUGAAUACGGUACAUUCCAGGACUGCUUCAUCAUGGCACUUUAAUAUUAGCUGCUCAACUGCCAAAACAGUGUUGCAAUUUUUUUCACGAGGGCUGAAUGAGAUAGAAUGUUGUAUUUUUGUUGUAUGUGAUAGUAUAUUUUGUCACAAAAUGCUGAUAUGUUUUUUGUACCCAACGAAAUAAAAAUCGUUGAAAAUGUA